UUUCAAUUAUUUCUCAUAAACUUUGGGGUGAUUUCGGUUUAAUCUUCAAAGCGAUUUUUUUUUAAAUUCUCGUCUCUUUAUCUUUCCCCUGCCAGGACUCCGCCGCCGCCAGCCUUUUCCGCGGCGCCGCGCUGGGCGCCGCCAUUUUGGGAGCCGGCGGCAUGGAGGCGCUGUUCCGGCUGCCCUUCGCCGUGCUCGAGUGCCCCAACAUCAAGCUCAAGCGGCCGGGAUGGGUGCACAUGCCCUCGGCCAUGACGGUGUACGCGCUCGUGGUGGUCUCCUACUUCCUCAUCACCGGAGGGAUCAUCUACGACGUGAUCGUGGAGCCGCCCAGCGUGGGGUCGAUGACGGAUGAGCACGGGCACCAGCGGCCGGUGGCCUUCCUGGCCUACAGAGUAAAUGGACAAUAUAUUAUGGAAGGGCUUGCAUCUAGCUUCCUCUUCACGAUGGGUGGUUUAGGAUUCAUCAUUCUGGAUCGAUCCAAUGCGCCAAAUAUCCCCAAGCUGAACAGGUUUCUCCUGCUCUUCAUCGGAUUUGUCAGCGUGCUUUUGAGCUUCUUCAUGGCCAGAGUUUUCAUGAGGAUGAAAUUACCGGGCUACUUGAUGGGUUAGUACUUCUCGCAACGUGUGAAAGCCCAAGCUGAAUUUACUCCUCUUCAUGAAGUGUUUAAGAAGCAGCAAGAAACAAAUUCCAUUGUCACUAUCAACAGGAAAGAGACCUAAAUGUGAGAAGCAAGUGAGGAAGGCGUGUUCUCUCUGCAAACAAACUUUUAAUACCAAUGGCUGAUUUAUAGUUUUAAAACAGUGUUUUAUCAUUGCUGUUCUAGAGCUUUUGAAAAGAGAAAGUUACCUAUAUAUUUUUUUAAUCUGACUUGGUGUGAAAUAGAGAACCUGUCUGUAGCUGUACCCUGAAAUGAGAAUUAGCCAUUGGUUUGACAGUUCCUUAUUGCAAGGUCUGUCCCCUCUUCCCUGUGCAGGAGGGUUACAUGUGUCAAUUGGAGAAGAAACACCUGAAACAUUUCUUUCCAAGUUAUCAUUAGAAAGCAAAUAAGUUUGGAUACUUUACAGUCCGAAUUAAUGUGUCUGAAAUGCUUUCAGAGACACCUUUUGCCUUCUUUCUAAUGGCUCUAUAUGAGCAAAUCCAUAUGUGCACCGGGAGAGGCAAACUUGUAUGAAUGUGCAUUUGUUUUUGAAAAAAUGUACGAACAGAGCCAAAUAAAACUUAUUUUCUACAAAUCUGAAUUUCAUGCAUUUUCUGAAGCUUUUUCUUGAGUAUGCAUGGCCUACUCUGCAUCCAUGGUUUGAGAUGCCAAUGACACAUUUCUCCUUAGUUUUUCACUGUUGGGUAAUGAUUUCUUUUAAUACCAGGGACAAGAGACCUCAUAUUUUCUGUGAACUUGUACUGUAUCUAAAUGAUAUGCUAUUAUCAGUAAUCAAGUGAGCUGUUGCUUCUUUGUUUGAGAGACAUGGCUCCGACUUUUUUUUGGUCGUCAUUUAAAAGAUGGAAUAUUACCAUUGUACUUCAUUAAAAUGUAUUGUGUUCUGAAGGUGGAAAAGAUCCUUCUAAAUCUCCAUAAAUGUCUUGUCUGCAAGCCA